AUGCGUGCCGAACUGGAAGCCUACAUGAUGAAGGUCUAUGCGGUUACUUGUGCUUUGCUGGCCAGCGCUUCGGCACACACAAUUUUCACACAACUACAUGUCAAUGGCGUGGCGCAAGGACACACUAAGGGGAUUCGAGUGCCGACCUACGACGGACCAAUAACGGACGUUAUAUCAAACGAUGUGAUCUGUAAUGGCGGCAUAAACCCCUACAGAACGCCUCUCCCCAAAGACAUCAUCAAUGUCAAAGCUGGAGACAAGCUCACUGCCGAGUGGCACCACACGCUCGAUUCCAAGCCCGAGACGGACAAGUCAGAUCCAAUUGACCCCGGUCAUCUGGGACCCAUCAUGGUCUACCUUGCCAGAGUCGAUGAUGCCUUGUCUACCAAAGUGACGGGACUCAAGUGGUUUAAGAUCUACGAGGAUGGUAUGGAUGCCAAUGGCGAGUGGGCCGUUACAAGACUGUAUAACAACAAGGGCCUGGUAGACUUUGUACUGCCGUCAUGCAUUCCCAGUGGACAGUAA